AUGCCGUUCUUUGCCAACAUUGACCAUAAUCGCAGAGCGGAUUCCAACUUGAUUCUAGGAAAAAACGGGCAACCGUCAAUCGUAAAUUCAGAUCCUCCAGCAGGACCUGGAGAUGCUUCAUACAACCCCGAAGGCAGCCGCAGGACGGAAUAUGCACCACAGCCGGCCACUCAGACCAGUCCAGACCUUGUCAGUGCAACCGGAAUGCAGACAGGAGGCCAGUUGACACAGUCCCAGGCGUCGAUGACUACUGUCCCUGCCUUGGCAAUGUCCUCAGCUACGGCAACUGAUACAAUAUCCUCAUCGCUCAGCAGUGCAACGCCAAGCUCUUCGUUUUCAUCACAGACACCCACCACCACUAGCAUUCCAUCUAACUCCUCAAGCAGCACCAGCACAUCCGUUCGUCCGACAGCACUCGUCUCCCCCGCUUCUAUGCACACGUCCAAACCCGAGCUCUCCGCCCCGUUCUACGUCGCGAUCAUCUUGGGCACCGUCUGUGUUCUCGCUUGUUGCCUGGCAUUUCUGGCAUGGUGGCUGCGUUCGCGCGCAUCAGCGCGAAAGACGCAAGACGACGACGAGCUUUGGACAGCGAGGGAUACACUCGAGGACGGCCCCGAGCCGAGCCUGCAGGUACACACCCCGCACGAAGAGUCUGAGUUUUACCUCCCUGCAUCUCUCGUCCAGAGAAAUACUGGUGAUCCUUUUGCCAGCCCCAUAAACACGCUGACAGCUGCGAAUUUCUACAAAGCUUAUGAUCGGGCACCAGGGUACAAUCCCUCAAGAACGGUCGCUGGCGACGUCUACCCGCCCAUGGAGCAACGACGACCUGUACUCGCGAAUUCCGCAAGCGCGUACAGCGUACAGGAAAGCCCGCGCACACUUGGUCGGCUGCAGGUAGCAAAUAUUGCCCCUGGCGACCUGACGUCUGGUGACGAGUCAAGCCACGGUGGCCCAGCGUUUUACAGCACAAGGGUAGCCGAGUUGGGUCCACCGAGGAACGGUGUCCAGUAUCCUACGCACGGUUUCCUGCCGCCGGAAGGAAAUGGUCUACCGCAUUUUCUCCCCUCGCCUGGCCAUGCCCAGCGCACGCCUAGAGAGAGGCUGCAACCGGUCAUGGAGAACACACCAGCCAUCGGCCCUGGAGACUGGCACGACAUACCGCUCCCUGACAAGGCUGAACCCAGGCCUCAUGACCCAAUAGGAAACGAAUAUCGGCCCCCGGAGGGUUGGGCCUCCGCCCUCAAGUCCAACUUUAUGACCGCCUUCGGCACUGUUGCUGGCAACCGCGCGCAACGCCCGUCCACAUAUGAAGAAAGCGACAUUCCACCGGGAUCUGCAAAAAACCAUUGGCUACAACGAUUUCCGGAUUCCGAAUACGGCAUACCUCCCCCUGGUCACGAUCCACCGUCAUACUCUGCAGAACCCCAGCUGAACGACGACGACGAAAACGGACUGCGCAUUCGUGGACUGGGUGGCCAUCUUCGAGACCGAGUUUCCUCCCCCGACGUAUCGCAGUCGAACCUGGCUCCCAGCGAUAGCCAGGUAACACUUCGCCCGGGCAUGGCACCCGUGUGGACACAAGAGUCUCGCGUACCGUUGAAACACAACGCAGCCCCUAUAGAUAUGGAUAAGAGCCAUGCCUCGCACGUCAGUUCCAGUAGCGUUUACACCUCUGAGUCUAUGGCCGCGGCCUCAGCGAACCUGAGGAACUACGGGUAUGGGUUUACACAGUCGCAUCAGGCGCUUGCUUCUAGUGACGCUCCGAAAUCGCGCACGAACACGAUGUACUCUGAGCAAUCCAAAAUAUCGUCGCGGAAGAGGGGUGGGCAGCGGAGACGUUCAAGGCCUAAACCAAUUCGCCAUGAAUCAUCGUCCGCGUCUUCGAUGAUAUCCUUUGGAUCAGACUUGUUACGCCCACCUCAACCUGGUCAUCUAUCCGGGAGAGAGAGUAUGGCAAGAAAAGCGUUGCUGGAAAGAAGACGGAAGAUGAUGAUGUACGAACCUUUGGACGAGUAA